AUCAAUCAUUCCAUCUCUCUUUCAUCAACCAAACCACCAUUCCAUCAAAUUCAAAUGCGCCGCCAUCAAUUUCCAUCAUGAGUCCUAGCGUAUUAAACGGCGAGGCCGCCGUAGGUCCAGAAGGACCUCGGCAAAAAAGUCGAGCUACCGCCGACACGAUCCGCGUAGGAUGUAUCGCCAUGGUCGAAAAAGACGGGCAAGCUCGUCGCGCCGAGAUUCUUAGCAUCCGUGACAUAAAAAGUGGUCGCCAAUUCUACUGCAACUUCGACAACUUCAACAAGCGACUCGACGAGUGGGUACCGGUCAAGCGCAUAGAUUUCGAUCAAGAUGUUGAAUGGCCGAAUCCCGAGAAAGACAAGCCUAAGGAAGGAAAGGGCAAGAAUUCUACGGCGCCGAAGAGGAAGGUUGUUGGGAACAAGGCGCAGAAGCGUCCGGGGAAGAGAGAACAAUCGGUUGUCUCCGAGGCCGUUACACCUCAUCCGUGGACCGAAUUCACCGAUAGCCAACCGCAAUCGAAAGCGCCGUCCACACCACGAGAUAUCGAACCGACUAAUGGAAAGACACCUGCCGCAAAUGGCGAUGAGAUGGAUAUAUAUGAUGAUGAACCAGCACCUGCCGUUAAGAAAGAGGAUGGAUUCAGCAGAGAAGCAGAGAUUGAGAAGCUACGGACGGGUGGCUCCAUGACACAGAAUCCUACCGAACUCGCUCGAAUACGAAAUAUAUCUAGGGUGCAAUUCGGGCAAUGGGAUCUGUUUCCAUGGUACUUCUCGCCGUAUCCAGAGGCGUUCACCCAAGAAGAUGCCAUAUUCAUCUGCGAAUUCUGUCUGAGCUACUACGGCGAUAUGAAGUCCUUCUCGCGACAUCGACAUAAGUGUACUCUUCAACACCCACCUGGAAACGAGAUAUACCGCGACGACUACGUAUCAUUCUUCGAGAUCGACGGCCGACGACAACGAACAUGGUGUCGAAAUCUGUGUCUUCUAUCCAAAAUGUUCCUCGACCACAAGACCCUCUACUACGACGUAGACCCCUUCUUAUUCUACGUCAUGACACAGAAGAGCGAGAAAGGGCACCACCUAGUAGGCUACUUCUCGAAGGAGAAAGAAAGCGCCGACGGCUACAACGUAGCCUGUAUCCUAACCCUACCGCAAUACCAACGCAAGGGUUUCGGUCGAUUACUAAUCCAAUUUUCUUACGAGCUCUCCAAAAUCGAAGGCAAGUUAGGCUCACCCGAGAAGCCGUUAUCCGACUUGGGUCUGCUCAGUUACCGGCAGUAUUGGUCAGAAAACAUCCUCGAAUUGCUCCUCGAGUGCAACGAGAGAGAUGAGAAGUCGAGCAUUGAACAGAUCUCUACUUCGCUGGCCAUGACUACGCAGGACGUCGAGCAUACCCUCCAGGCUUUGAAGAUGCAGGUUUAUCACAAGGGCGAGCAUAAGUUGGUGGUGCCGGAGGCGCUGAUUAAGCAGCGUGAGAAGGCUAAGUUGAAGCAGAAGCGGUAUAUCUCGCCCGAACGCAUUCAGUGGAAACCUCCUGUCUUUACGGCUUCGUCGAGGACUUGGGGUUGGUAGGGAAGCUGAUCAAUUCGACUAUUGCUAUGGCGUUGAAAAGGGAGCGGGAGCGUUGUUAGUUAUUAGAUACCAAAUAUCAAGCAUAGAUUAUUUGCUUAA